CCGCCAAUCACACGCUUGGUUGGGGUGUGCUCCAAGAUGGCGACUUCCAGGGAUCUGUAUCAGACAUUAUCGCAUAUGAAAGCUAAAUAUCAGUGUCUACCCGUGGUUUAAACUUCCUAAUAGGUCGAAAAUAAGGAGCCGAGUGGGGCUGAGUUGUCGCCAGUGAAACGUGGAAACAGUUCCCCUAUGGUUUGUUCGUGCGGCGAGCCGGCUUCGGUGUCGGUCUGAAGGAGGUUGUGUUAUCCGAGUAUGGCCACCGAGAACAGGAUCAAUUUUUGGAGGAGAAACGCAAAGGUUCCCGGCAGUGUACAACCAGUUUAUGGAGCACAGCACCCCCCUCUCGACCCACGAUUGCGUCGCACAUAUCCCAAAGACACAAAGCCCAAGUUCAACAAUCUUAAGUCUAAAAAGGCCUCUAGCUUCCACGAGUUUGCUCGCAGCACCAAUGAUGCUUGGGACAUCGACGAAGAGGAGGACGAAGAUUUCCUCAGCACCCCUGCUCCAACUUUAAGCUCACCAUCAGGCCAUCACUCCACAUCCGCACAGGACCAGCAGCAGAUUCAAGAUGAUGGCACAGAAACGGGGGUGUCUGACAGACUGGCACCGCCCAGCACAGAAGCACUAGACUUCCAGGAUGUGCAGGAGGAGGAUGCAGAGUACUGGGAGCAUGUCAACGGCAAGGUUGUCAAGUCUAGCAGCGACGCCCACCUCAACAUGUCCUCAGUCUGCUCCAGCCUGCAGAAGCAGCAGUCUCUCCCAGUCCGUGCCAUCAUCCCACUGGUGGCUCGCAUGUCGGACCAGAACGCGUCAGGGGCCCCACCCAUGACGGUGCGGGAGAAGAGCCGGCUGGACAAAUUCAAGCAGCUGCUGGCCAGUCCCAACACUGACCUAGAGGAACUCCGGAAGCACAGCUGGUCGGGCAUUCCCCGAGAAGUCCGGCCGAUCACAUGGAGACUCCUCUCUGGCUACCUGCCAGCCAACAAAGAGCGCAGAGAGCUGGUGAUGAAGAGGAAGCGAGAGGAAUACUUUGGCUUCAUAGAGCAGUAUUACCACUCCAGAACAGACGAACACUAUAAAGACACUUACAGACAGAUCCACAUCGAUAUUCCAAGAACCAACCCUCUGAUUCCCCUGUUCCAGCAGCCGGCAGUACAAGAGGUGUUUGAGCGUAUUCUCUUUAUCUGGGCCAUCCGCCACCCGGCCAGCGGCUACGUCCAGGGGAUCAAUGAUCUGGUCACUCCCUUCUUUGUCGUCUUCCUCUCCGAGUUUGUCAAAGACGUGGAGAACUCUGAGGUGGCUGCGCUGCCUCUGGACACCCAGAGAAACAUCGAAGCUGACAGCUUCUGGUGCAUGAGCAAGCUGCUGGAUGGAAUACAGGACAACUACACCUUCGCUCAGCCUGGAAUCCAGAACAAAGUGAAAGCUUUAGAGGAGCUGGUCAGCAGGAUAGAUGAGGACAUUCACAAUCAUUUCAAGAGGUACGAGGUGGAGUAUCUGCAGUUUGCUUUCCGUUGGAUGAACAAUCUGCUGAUGAGGGAGCUGCCGCUUCGUUGCACUAUUCGUCUCUGGGACACCUACCAGGCUGAAACAGAGGGGUUCACACACUUCCACCUGUACGUCUGUUCUGCCUUCCUCAUCGAGUGGCGCAAAGAAAUCCUCUCCAUGGUGGACUUUCAGGGCCUUCUUAUGCUACUGCAGAACCUUCCCACAAUCCAUUGGGGUAACGAGGAAGUCGGCCUCCUGCUGGCUGAAGCUUAUAGACUAAAGUACAUGUUUGCAGACGCACCCAGCCACUACAAGAGAUAGGCCCAAGUCUGAUAGACCCUCCAGAGCAGCUGUGUCUCUGAGGAACCUGGGACACACAGAACUUGAACUCCAGUGACUGACACACUUCAAGCUCUGUGACUAUGAGAAUAUUUGCAGUCACUGCACUGUAUCGAUGGACUGUUACAGAAUAGAUAACCACACCCACCCCACCUUGCUUUACUUGUACAGUCUGUGGUCAUGCAACAUGAAUAACACUGUAAUAUAAAGGGAGGAUGUCUGUGAGAUUAUCCUUUUAGUGAAAGAUGGCAUCUACAGAUUCUAUUUUUUUGAAGAUAUGUUUUGGUAGUUUUUUUACAAGGGAAAUAAUCUUAGAUGUAAACCAGGCAACUACAAUAAUUUAUUUUCUUUGUUCAAAUGUAUUUAGUCUUACACUGUUAAGCUAUUAAUAAUAAGAAGGACCCCCGCCCCCACCUUUCAGAUAAGAGUGCUAAUUUAUGAGUAGACUUAUGUUUUGGUUCAGGGUUUUCAAAUUUGCACAGUACAAUCAAUUUAUUAAAUAUUCUAUAUUAUACUUUUAUUCAAUGACUCGGCUCAUUGUUAGCCAGUACUUAUAUUUAAAAUAGUUGUAGGCAUUAGACCUAAGAGUAGCACAUUGUAGGUACUGUGUCUAUUUAGCUUGAGUUCUGGGUUAAAGGUGGAGGAACACAUUUAGUACCUAAGCCUCAGAAGAGAGGAGGUUAAUGUAGCUUUGAAAUUCCUUGUUUAAACUGCUACCCUGGAAUCUUAUCUAAGUCUUAUUUGAUUUUGUCCCUGUCUUAGAUACAUCUAAAUGUUAUUAUAUUUUGACAGUUAAAUUAGUUAGAGAUUGUGGCACAUUGUAACAAUGGCAAAACAUGAGAUCAGCAACAACUGGUCUGUUUGAAUCUUGAAUAAUUUCCUUUUGCGUAACAUUCAGAGUACAUGAUUGUAUGAUAAUCUGUGAACUAUCUAACUGGAUACCUGUGGUCACCGUAAAGAUGCAGGUCGUUAAACAUCUUCCUCAGUAUAGGAUCAUUUUAAUAUUUGUUUUUUUAGGUUGUGACUAAAUGUCCUUCAGCAUUGAAAAGGCAUUUCCUUGUCUCAAGUUAUACUUGAGACAGUCCUGUGGACACAGUGCAGCUCACAUCAUUUUGAUGCAUUUGUUAUGUUCUUCUGUCUUUUAAAAUGUGACAUGGAUAAUUGCUGUGUUAUCAUUAAUGUUUGUAUUUUAUAUUUGUAUAUGGUUCAGGUUAGGUUGCUCUUGUAUCUGUGACCAUUGAGGGGUGAAUAUAUAUGUUACUACUCAUCUACUGUACCUUCAUUACCAGUGAUAAUUAUACCACAAUGUAUGUCUGAAAGAUAUGACAAUCAUCAUUUAAUUUCCUAAUCUACAAGAGAUGUUCUUUUUUUAAUUGUCUUUUGCCAUUUUGACUUUUUAUUUUACAGACGGUGUCCACACUGUUUAAUGAGUCUUAAUUCAUAUUCAAGAGUGAUUCGGUCCUUCUGAAGUAUGGCACUAUAUAUUCUGAAGAUGCUAUGGUACUUAAUUUGAGUCUGUGAAAUAGAUCAUUUUCAUUUUGGAACAAUCUAACACUGUCAUAUACUUACUUAUGGUUUAUUCAUUGCCAGUUUUGGGUUUAGCUUUAGCUUUGUGUUUAGCCUGCUAUAAUCUUGUGUUCAUCCACCUUCUUUUCCCUAACUUUUAAUGUAUUUUAAGUGAUGUUGUUGAAUGUAUGCCUUUAGCCUUAAAGUUGUUUUGUUUUUUCAUUCAGGUGCGCCAACUGAUUGUUCACUCCAUAUAAAGGUCAUAAUGUCCUCAAAAUAUGAUGUUGACUCUAAAGGCUGAAAAAUAAAAAACAACUGAUAUCUUU